AUGGAUCAUUCGAUUCAGCGCCUGCUGAAUGACAAGCUCUAUGAUCGCAGAAAACAGGGAGCUCUAGAGCUCGAGAAAGUCGUCCGCAAUGCCGUUUUCCGAGGAGAUCAUGAAGAGAUCCAGAAGAUUGUCGAUCAGCUUUGUCAUGACUACGCCUACGCCGUACAUCAGCCGCAUGCGAGAAAUGGUGGUUUGAUUGGGUUAGCUGCAGCUUCAAUAGCGCUUGGAUCCGGCGUUGCGCCAUAUCUAAAAGAGAUCGUGCCACCGGUUCUUGCUUGCUUUUCCGACCAAGAUGCCCGAGUCCGGUACUAUGCAUGCGAGAGCAUGUACAACAUUGCGAAAGUCGCGAAGGGGGAGGUUCUUCUUUUUUUCAAUGAAAUAUUUGACGCUCUGAGCAAAUUAGCUUCCGAUUCCGAGCUUUCUGUCAAAAACGGUGCAGAGCUUCUCGAUCGACUUGUCAAGGACAUUGUUUCGGAAUCUGCUGCCUCAUACAUUUCGGUUUUGCAAUUAUCAGAGAAGCAUACGGCAGACCCUGAUGCGCAGGAAGAGGUCGAACUACCCACUGCGUUUUCGUUGGCCAAGUUCAUACCCUUGCUGAAGGAACGGAUACACGUCAUCAGUCCAUCCACACGCACUUUCUUGGUGUCAUGGUUGACCUUACUAGACACCAUUCCUGACCUGGAGCUUGUGUCAUAUCUGCCCGAAUUCUUGGGAGGAUUAAUUGAGUUCCUUGGUGACCCGAACAGAGACGUCAACGUCACCACUCAGGCUCUUCUCGACAGGUUUUUGUCCGAAAUCAAAAGGAUUGCACGCCUCAAGAAAGGCAUAGAAGAGAGUCGCAAAGAGCAAGGGAGCGACAACAGACAGUCGGCCGCGAGUGAUAGUGUCAGCACUACCACUGAUCACACAGUGGCUGUGGACACUGAACGCAAUGAAAAUGCUAUCGAGGACUCCGAGUCUGGGUCAGACCUCGAGGAAAAUGACUUACAAGCUGACGGAGACUGGAUCCCGGGGCAAGAUGUUCACAUUGACUAUCCCAAGAUUCUGGACAUCCUUGUAGGAUUUGUCGAUACCUCAUUCGAUGAGGAGAUGCAGUUAACUGCAUUACGCUGGAUUGACAGCUUCUUCGAGAUUAGCCCUGAAGAUAUCCUCCCUUUCGUCCCGCGUCUCUUGACACAGGUUCUCCCAGCAAUGUCUAGUGGUUCAGACCAAGUGCGGCAGGCCGCAAACCGGGUCAACACAUCAUUGCUUGAGUAUAUCGUCUCCUUGUCUGAGGAUAGCACCGAAGCACGACAGGGUCCCCCUUCCAGACCAAUAUCCACCGCAAGCAAAGAGCUUGUGGAGAGAAGAGCAUCGACACCAAGUGGUCGUCAGUCUGUCGAAACGUCCACGAGUGAGUCGAAAAAGCAAGCCUCUCAACAAGAGCUCUCGAAUGAACAGACACCUCGUAGCAGUCUGAUAUCUACGCCAAUUCCUCCAGCGGAUCUGGAUUAUGCCGCAGCCGUCAACUCGCUGACUUUGCAGUUCCUGAAUGAGAACGAAGCCACAAGGGUGGCUGCCCUGUCUUGGUUGAUAAUGUUGCAUCGGAAGGCGCCAAAGAAAGUGGUGGCAUUCAACGAUGGGACAUUCCCUGCGCUUCUGAAGACGCUGUCAGACCCUGCGGAAGCUGUUGUCACAAAGGACCUCCAGCUUCUUUCACAGAUCUCGAGAAACAGCGACGAUAGCUACUUUACAUCUUUCAUGGUCAAUUUGCUUCAGCUAUUCUCCACCGAUAGGCAUCUGUUGGAAGUCCGAGGCAACCUGAUCAUUCGACAACUCUGCAUGAAUUUAAGCCCAGAGCGCAUCUAUCGGACUCUAGCAGACUGCCUCGAGAAAGAAGAAGAUAUCGAGUUUGCGAGUAUCAUGGUACAGAAUCUGAAUAAUAACCUGAUUACUGCACCUGAGCUAUCAGAUCUCAGAAAGAGGCUAAGGAAUCUUGACUCUAAGGAGGGUCAGAUGUUCUUUGUCGCUCUGUUCCGGUCAUGGUGCCACAAUGCUGUUUCUACAUUCUCCCUCUGUCUGCUUGCGCAGGCUUAUGAGCAGGCUUAUAACCUUCUUCAAGUCUUUGCUGAGCUUGAGAUGACUGUGAAUAUGUUGAUCCAAAUCGAUAAAUUGGUUCAGCUCCUGGAGUCGCCUGUCUUUACCUAUCUUCGUCUCCAGCUCCUCGAACCAGAAAGAUACCCGUAUCUGUACAAGUGUCUCUACGGAGUUCUCAUGCUCCUCCCUCAAAGUAGCGCAUUUGCUGCGUUGAAAAAUCGUCUAAACAGCGUCAGCAAUAUUGGCCUCCUGCAUACCGGCCCUCGACUUACGAGCAUGGUCUCAUCCUCAUCAUCAGGCUACGAACGCGCCACUGGCAGUCGACUGAAAAACCGCGAAGAAAACACCAUCCGGUGGGUCGAACUCCUCGACAAGUUCAAGUCCGUCCAGGAGAAAGCCCGCCGCGCGCAACGUGCCUCACAACGGCAGUUCGACCAGGACGGCAGCACGGCAGGACUAAGAAACCCCUCCCUCACGGCCGCCCUGUCCGCCGCGGCAACAGCCGACAGGGGCAAGGAACGUGGACUGCCGGACACGCCUCGAGGCGGCAGACCGGACAUGGGUAGCUCGGGUGGGCGCAAUAGCCCCGGAGACUCUGGCACACCUAAUCGCGGCUCGCUCCUUAGUGGUACGCAGAGGAAUAAGUCGGGGCUUCCUAAUCUCGGCCGUUUAGGUAUCGGGAGCAGAAGGUCCAAGCGUUGA